AGUUCUGUUCCCUUCUCUCGCUCCCCAUAAACUGCGCUUCUCUCUUUCUUCUCUCCCUGUGCGGUCUCUGGAAUUCGCACCAGGGUUUGGUUCAAGAGGAGGCGAUCUCAUGUACUUGUUGGCGGAUCUUAAUUACAAUCAAGAUCUCAAUGGCCGCACUUGAAAACAAAGUAACUUUACAAAGGAGCUCGGAGUCAUCCUAUAAAUGCUUCCCACCUCAUGGGUUUCAUCAGAAUAUACAAUCUAACAUUAAUGUGGCAACAGUUGCCUCUGAGCUCAAAGACGAAUUAUGUUCCCACCCUGCCUUCUAUCCCGAGCCUCCUACGAUGCAGCAUUACCAGCUGGAUGCUUAUGGAAACCAAUAUUUUCCUGUCACAGUAGAGCCACGACUUCAAUAUGCACCAUAUAAUGUGUGUACUCAAGUUUACCCCUACAAUUUCCAAUAUCAAGACUUCCAGUACUUUGUGGUGAUAGAUUUUGAGGCGACGUGUGACAAGGAAAGAAACCCUCACCCACAAGAAAUAAUAGAGUUUCCAUCUGUGAUCGUGAAUAGUAUGACUGGUCAGUUAGAAGCAUGUUUCCAAACAUAUGUCAGACCUACUUGCAAUCAGCUUCUGAGUGAUUUCUGCAAGGAUUUAACAGGGAUUCAGCAGAUUCAGGUUGACAGAGGUGUCACCUUGAGUGAGGCUCUUCUCCGACAUGACAAGUGGCUUGAGAAGAAAGGGAUAAAGAACUCCAAUUUCGUAGUGGUGACAUGGUCGAACUGGGAUUGUCGGGUGAUGCUGGAGUCAGAAUGUCGGUUCAAGAAAAUACGAAAGCCGCCUUACUUUAACAGAUGGAUAAACUUGAAAGUUCCCUUCCGUGAGAUGUUUGGAGGUGUGAACUGCAACCUUAGGGAAGCAGUUGAGAUGGCCGGGUUAGUGUGGCAGGGACGUGCACAUUCCGGCUUGGAUGACGCCAAAAACACUGCCCGAUUGCUUUCCCUCCUAAUGCAUCGUGGCUUCAAAUUCUCCAUCACAAACACGCUGAUGUGGCACCACACACCCGAUGUUUCACACGGGGUCAAUCAGAAUCAUUUACCUGAGAGUGUGACUCCCGUUUACAACUCCCCUAAGCCGAAGGAUUUCGUCCAGGUCCCUGCUGUUCAGUAUCAACAAUCUUUCUGCUUCUGCGGAGUAAAGAGCAGCAGAGGAAUGGUGAGGAAACCCGGGCCAAAGCAAGGGAGUGUUUUCUUUGGUUGCGGAAACUGGACUGCGACCAGAGGUGCUCGGUGCCAUUACUUUGAGUGGGCAACUGCCUGAUGUUGUCAGCUGGCUGCUAUUCUAACUUUGAUUGGAGAUCGAGAGUUGAAGGAAUUCCGAACUUUCUUUUUAACAAUUCAAGCAGUCGGGUUCAACUCCUCGAGGGUUUGUUUUCUGUGCUUUAAAAACUCGGGUAGUGGGUAGGGAGCUCGGAACUGUAAAGGAAAGACUUGUUCUUUGAUGGGACAAAAACAACAAGAAUGAAAGACUGUGGGUGAAAGAGGAAGGGGGGGGUUUGGCUGAGGGGUGUGUAGUUAGGAUGACUUGACUGUCUUUUACAUUAAGACGUAAUGGGCUUUUUUUUUUUAAGUUAUCAUAAAUAAUCUUGUAGGAGGCGCCCUCCUAUAUCCAUAUGCAUCCAUCCAUGCCUCUAGGGUCUUCUUCACUUUUGCAUUA